AUGCUCAGAGACCCCCCAGAACCCCUCCAAGUCCCCCCACGACCCCGGAUCGUCGGAGACCCCCCACACCCCCGACCGCUCCCCAAGGCUCCAGCAGCCUUCCAAACACCUCCCGAGGCCCCUACGGUGCAGCGAAGCGCCCCAGGACGCCCCAGAGCGGCCCUAGAACUCCAGAGACCCCCCCAGCGCGCCCCAAGGCCCCCAAACAACCUGCCAGAGCGCCCCAGAACCCUCAAGAGGCCCCUCAGAGGGCCCCACAGCCCCACCAAGGCCCCAUGGACCCCAGGAAAAGAGGAAGUGGAGGACUUUUAG